GAUGGCAUGGUGAAAUGUAAAAUUUUACCACCCGCGCAGUUGUACCACCCCGUUCUCCCUGUCAGGAUGAAGGGAAAGUUAAUGUUCGCCCUUUGCAACAGCUGUGGUGAAAGUUCACAGCAGCAAGUCGUGAAAGCAUUGGAAAAAGGCUACAGGAUUGUGGAAGUGUUUGAAGUGUGGACAUACGAAACGCGUCAAUACAACCAUGCGGCGGGUCAGCCGGGUUUAUUCACAGAAAUGAUGAAUAAAUUCAUCAAAAUUAAACAGGAAGCCUCCGGCUGGCCCGCGGAUUGCAUAAACGAUGUGGUGAAACAACAACAAUAUCUGGUGGAUUUUGAAGAAGCUGAAAAAGUGAAGCUAACACCGGAACGCAUCGAAAAUAACCCUGGUCUUCGAUCCCUCGCCAAAUUAAUGUUGAAUUCGUUCUGGGGAAAGUUUGGACAACGUGAAAACCAACCACAAACAACCAUCGUCAACGAUCCUCAGGAAUGCUUUGAUCUCCUUGCGCAUCCGUCGAAGAAUGUCAACAGUAUAACUCCUGUGAAUGAACAAACUGUUGUAAUCAACUGGGAGUACGCCGACGAGGCUGUGGAAUCUCUGCCUACUGUGAAUGUGGUAAUUGCAGCUUUUGUUACAGCACAGGCCCGUUUGAAGUUGUACGAAUAUCUAGAGAUGUUGGAUACACGUGUUUUAUACUACGACACCGAUUCCGUUAUCUAUGUGUCAAGCAACCAUUUUCCAGAUCCCCCGACUGGAAAAUUCAUUGGGGACAUGACCGAUGAGCUGGAGGUAUACGGUAUCGGUUCCUACAUCACGGAAUUUGUUUCGGGCGGGCCUAAAAAUUACGCAUACUCGGUGUGGUCAACGACGAAGCUGUGUAUCGAACAUGUUUGUAAGGUGAAAGGGAUCGCCUUAACAUACAGUGCUUCUCGGUUGAUUAAUUUUGAGAAAAUUAAACAAAUGGUUCUAGAAAAAACAGAUCCCAUUCGUUUGACGUCGAUGAACUUUGUGCGGACAAAAGAUCAUUGUGUAGUAACCAAAGAGGAGACAAAGACAUACAGAACGAAUUCAACAAAGAGACUCUUCAUGGAUGACAACAGUUCUCGGCCAUUCGGAUACAAGGUCCCUAGGAACUAAUUAAGUGGAAAUUAAAAAUUAAUAUAAUAAUAUAAAAAAAAGGUAACUUUGAAUUAUUAAUAUUAUAUAGAUAUAUAUGGUACAUACAAUUUGUCUAUUUUGUUUUUGAUAUAUUCAACGCGUACAACCGGGUGAGAA